AUGAGUGUCCGGAAUCCACCCAAGCUCCUGGACCUGCCAGGAAAGAGCUUGCUGAGGGAUGAGGCCUUGGCCAUCACUGCUCUCAAGUAUCUGCCGGCCAAGCUCUUCCCCCCACUGUUCAUUUUGGCCUUCUAUGGGAGACGCUGCAGGACUCUGAAGGCCAUGGUGCAAACGUGGCCCUUUGUCCGUCUGCCUCUGGGGGAUCUGAUGCAGAUGCCUCACCAGGAGACUGUACAAGCAGUGCUGGAUGGGCUUGAUGUUCUAUUUGCCCAGAAAGUUCACCCCGGCUCAUCGAUGGCACCAGUGGACAGUUCAAGGACAAAGCAUCCCUUGGCUCUAUUGGAUGUGUUUCUAGAACUUUGCCUCAAGGAAAGGACCCUGGAUCAAUUCCUCAUCUACCUCAUAAGGUGGAUGGAGAAGAGAAACAGUUAUGUACACCUGUGCUGUAAGAGGCUGAAGGUUAUUUCAAUGCCCAUGGAAAAUAUUAAGAAGGUUCUGAAUAUGGUGGAGCUGGACUGUCUCCAGGAGGUAGAAGUGAGUUGCACCUGGCGGUUGUCCACCCUGGCCAUGUUUGCUCCUCUCCUGGGCCAGAUGACUAAUUUGCAGAGACUCAUUCUCUCCCAUGUCCAUGUGUCUACCUGUGAGGAGCAGGAGCAGCAUGUCCUCCAAUUUACCUCUCAGUUCCUCAGGCUGCACCACCUCCAGGAUCUCUACAUGGAAUCUCCUUUCUUCCUCAAAGGCUGCCUGGACCAGAUGCUCAGGUGUCUGAAGACCCCUUUGGACAAUCUCAUAAUAACUCACUGCCUGCUAACAGAAUCAGACCUGACCCAUCUCUCUGAGUGCUUGAACAUCAGUCAGCUAAAAGGCCUGGAUCUGAGUGGCAUCAAGCUGACCAACUUUAAUCCUCAGCUUCUCCAAGUUCUGCUGGAGAAAGUUGUAGCCACCCUGCAGGAACUGGACUUAGAUGAGUGUGGGAUCAUGGACUCCCAUCUGGAGGCCAUCCUGCCUGCCCUGAGCCACUGUUUCCAGCUCAGGUCCUUCAGCGUGUGUGGGAACCUUCUUUCCAUGGUCAUCACGGAGAAGUUGCUGCAAUACACAGCAGGGCUGCCCCAUUUAGGUCAAGAGCUAUAUCCUGACCCACAGGAGUGUUACGGCGCUCAGGGAGCUUUCUGCCCAAGGAGACUUACCCAGCUUCAGGCAGAGCUAUUGGAGAUUAUGAGAGACCUAGGACGGCCCAGGACCAUCUGGAUUAGCUCUAGCCCCUGUCCUUAUGGGGGGAUAACAUAUUCUACCAUCCAGAGCCCCUGGUGUUCCACUGUAACCCCUCUGCCUAGGUGGCUGCUUCUCUCAAUAGCUUUCUUCUGGGCCCUUAGAAUCUGA